CAAAUAAACUGAAGCCGCGGGCUCAGACGCAGCAUCCAGCAGUGCUAUUUUGUUGCUUUCAAAGCAAUGAGUUAACCCCGGGGUUACAUGGAGCCUUCAAACGCUGCACACAGCACUACAGUGCAACAGUCCACAUCACUCAGUCCUCCUGUCCUCGCCUCUCCUCCAUCUCCAAAACUUGGUCUGAGGAACUUCAAGAGAAUCAGCCGCACUGAGGACAGCAGUGUCUUUCCGAUCCCCGGCCUGGCCCCGGACACCCUGCACAUGCGGGUGAGAGAAGGAAGCAAGAUCCGCAAUUUACUGAGGUUUGCAUCAGCUCGCAUGCAAGAAGAGGGAAGAGACAGCAGCGGGAGAGCACUGAGACAGGUGGUCUUCACCGGGUCAGGUAGGGGAGUCACCAAGACCAUCACCUGUGUGGAGAUCCUGAAACGGAAAGUGGCAGGUCUGCAUCAAGUCUCCAAACUCUACUACAAGACGGUCAACGAGGUCUGGGAGGGCCCACAGCAGGGAGCGCCAGGUAUGACCAUGCAGAGGACGAUCCCUGCCAUCUGCAUCCUGCUCUCUAAAGACCCUCUUGAUCCCCAGGAGCCUGGAUACCAAUCCCCACAAAUCCUCAGUCUUUCCACAAAGGACACUGACGGAUGCACAGGUCUGUCCAGGAGUGACCACAGCUCCACCGCACAGGACACGGCCAAGAGACUCCGUAUGGACAUCUGA